GCUGUUGCUGGACCGCGGCCCCUUCUCCGGUGACCAGAGGCAAGGCUUCCUAGAGCAAACCUCCCCAUAUGCCAGAACCUUCCGCAGUUGCAACCAACGCAGCACAAACCAGCAGCAACGCGAGCGAUGGAAUACCUCGCAGGUACCUUCUACCUGCUGGCUCUCAGAAGCCCCAGAUCGCCGUGGGACCUGCUCUCCCCUAAGUCACUCCUGGCCAGUGCUCACCUCACCUCUGUUCUGACUCUGUCGGCCUCGCAUGGAAAGGCACCACUCACCAUUCGCUCUUGGGCGGCCUUGAUCUGCACCUCUCCCAGCUGCUGAUGGAGUGAAAGGUUUUCACUUUGGAGCUGGGCCAGUUGUUGCUGCAGCCCUUCUGCCUUCUGGAUGGCAUUUUCUCUCGCUGCCUCCUCCUUAAGGUACAGGUCAUGCCACUUGCUUGCCUGCCUCUGGGCCUGACGAAAUUCUCUUUCUCUCCUCUCUAAAGCCAGCGUCUUCUCCCAGAGCGCUGUUUUCAUUUGCUCCAGUUCCUUCUCCAGCCCACCAGCUUUCCCUUCUGCUUCGCUCAGCUGCCGAGACAAGCUCUUGUUGGUCUUCAGCAGCUGAGACACGUCCUUCUGCACAGAACACAAAUUGACAGCCCUUAGGAAAUCAGCUCAAAACAGGGGGUCUCGGCAGCAUUUCCUGCCACCCGAAGAGGACUGUCACCAGCGUGACGUUCAGAUUCAAAAAGGUAUUUUAACCGCUCUGCGUUAGACAUUACUCGUGGAAAAGACUUCUUUUGCAUUAGUGUGUCUCAUGUAAACCCGAAAGGAGGACUCUAAUGGCAAAUCUGUGUUUUUACAUACAUCCCGCCCAAAGCCUUUGCUCUUCCCUUCAGCUUCUUCACCUCCUGGCAGCUGGCAGACAGCAGGCGCCCUGCGUAUGGCAGGCUCACCUAGAUGAAAACCACAUAUUGUUGGAAGCAGAGUGAGCUGAGGCAAGUCCUUGAUGCCUAGAGUGCUUUCCGACUCAUCGUGCUCCCGGAGACAAUCUUGGCACAGACACACGCCCCAAACCCAGGAGAUGCCAGCGAGGGACCUGUCAAAUGGCAGGUUGGAAACGCAGCUCCCUUCCCGCGGGGGAACUCGCUCCCUCGAGCACAGCCGCCUUUUCCGUGUGCCAGGGAGAUCGCUCCAAGUGAUCAGAAAGGAGCCCAAGAGGAACGAGCGUCUCGAGAACUCUGCUAUGCCGGGCCGUUGCCUGGCCGUGCGCUUUUUCACUGGCUGGCUCAGAAGCCACAAGCCCCUCCUGGGCUCCACACAGCCCGUCCCCACGGCAAGCCUGUCACAAAAGGGCGGGCGACAGGCCUUUUCCCCAUCGCCUCCUCCACCCCCGAGAGUCCCACCUGCUCUCCGCAGAGCGGGUGCGCGCCGCCUCAGCGCAGCAGCUUGGGCCCCGUGGGGAGCGCUGGGCGCUGACACGCCCUUUGCACGGCCCACGGCAGCUUCUCCCUCGUCCUCCUGCUCCCUGGGCUGCGCAGGCCGUGCACGGGGACUGCGCCUGGAAAGACAAAGAGCGCAGCCAGUUGUAGGCACUGCUCAGCGCAACACCAACGGCCGGGGCUUGUCCGCGCUUCCCAGAGUGACCCCCCCUUGGGAACGAAGAGCCCCAGGCACAAAGCUGAGCCCGAGCGCAGGAAAGCAGCCCCGCAGUUUGCCCGCCAGCAGCCGCCUGCCUGCGCCCCCGUUACCUGUCGGCCUCGUCCCGGCAGUCGGUGCCUUUCACCGGCGCCUUCCCCAGCGGCUGCACUGGGGCCAAGUCGCCCAUGGUGGCUGCCUGGGGCAGCUCGUCCCGACCCUCCGGCUGGAGCUCAUGGCUGUCGCUGCUCCCGGAGGACAAGGGACCCUCCUGCACCCUCUUGCUCCUGCUCCUGCUCCUCCUCCAGCUCCGCAGGAACCGCCAGAUCCUCCCCAUGGCCCGGCGGGAAUGGGCACUGCACCACCUCUCCUCGCCUCUCCCCGGGGAGCGGUGCCAGGCAGGACUUGGCGGGCGCUGCCGGGUGCCGGCUGCCAACAGAGGAGCCGAGCCCCGAGGAGCGGCAGCUCACGGGCAGCUGCCUCGGGGCUGAGCCAGCGCCCGCAGCACUGGCACCAGCUGUACCACCAGCACCGCUGGCACCAGCUGUACCACCAGCACCAGCGGCACCAGCUGUACCACCAGCACCAGCGGCACCAGCUGUACCACCAGCACCGCUGGCACCAGCUGUACCACCAGCACCGCUGGCACCAGCACCAGUGGCAGCUCCGGCACCAGCGCCACCAGUACCAACAGCACGUCCAGUACCAGCCCGCAGCACAGCACAAGCAGCACAGCACCAGCACAGCACCAGCACACAGCCAGCACCGCCAGGCACUGUGUGGUCAGGUCACCGCCGGUAACCAAGGUCUAGGGAACGAAUGUGCUGACGUCAUGAAAGGCUCAGUGACAUCAGAUGGCGCUGGGGGCUGGGCGGGGCCGGGGCAGAGGCUGGCCGGGCAGAGGGGCCUGUGUGCUCAGAACCUCUCUGCACACACACAGGCCCCGUGGCCGAGGGAAACAGCCCCUGGCGCGCUGUGUCCGGGGGCACAGGGUUGCCCAAGGCCACCUCUCCGAGGCUCCCACCUCCCUGCACGCUCUGCGGACCCCCCGGCCUCCUCCCCUCUCCCAGCACCUCCGCAGCGCUCGCCCGGGAGAGCCCCCACGGCACGGAACCGUCUUGGAGGGAGCAGGCUGGGGUUUCCCCCGGCGGGGCCGGCCCCCGGGGACGGAGGGCAGCAGCCUGGCCCUGAAAAUAAAGGCUUUGCUUCUGGGAAGCCGUGGCAGGUGCAGCCGCCCGAUGAAAAUGUGGCUUCCUGGCUGUGGAACCUUUCCGGCGCCCUUGUUCUCAGGGCUUGAGAGUAAUUGGGGUUCUGGGUCAAGAGGGGCUGGGACUGCCCACAGGUCAGAUUGGGCUGGGGUGUAAAUGGAGUCCCUGGGGGAGCCAUUUGGGGCUCGUCCUGCCCGCAGCAGCGUGCUGCAGGGAAGGGCUCUCCCCUUGGGUCGGGACACGGCCCACGGAAACUCCGUGGGGUUCCCGCGGCUUGGGACGCUGCCCGAAGGCGUUCCUCGAGGUUGAGAGCCCUGACCUGUCAUUAGGGGAGGGACUGAGCGUUCCGGGUUGUCCUUAAGCCCUGUUUAGGGUCUGGGGCCGUUGUUGAACCCCAGAAGUCCGUGUGGUGAUUGUUCUCCUCUCACGGACAUUGGAACCCUCUCUCUGCACGCUUGCGGAGUGUCGAUUACUUGCGUACAAAACCCAGUGUUGUUUGUAUUCGUUAUGUGGAAGCUGCCGCAGCAGGAGUUUGGGGCUGUCCAUGGGGGGUGCAGGACACCCCCGCACAAGCAGGGUAACGCCGCUCUCGUAAGCCCCUCGGAGGUGUCUCCUGACCCCCCCCGGCGCCACAGGCCGGUGAGGGCCGCAGGGCCGGCUCUGGGCACGGCUGGGCCCGCAGCCAAAGCGCUUCCGGCCCGGGCCCCGCCCCGGGCCCGCCGCCGCUUCCGCUUCCGCUUCCGGGAGAGGCGGCCGCAAUGGCGGUGCUCGCGUCCAACCCCAACAAUCCCGUGGUCUUUUUCGAUGUCGCUGUCGGCGGGCAGGACUCUGCUGCCAACGCGAUGGCAUAUGAUAGUGGAGUACUUGGAGGAAACUUCCACCCCAUGGCUCACGUGCAUUGGACUUCACCCGCAUCUGUGGGGUGCUGUAGUUCUUCGGGAGAGAAAUUCCAACCCUCCGGGCGUGAGAAGUUAUCGAGGUACCUGCCCAUAUUGUCCCACGUGCCACGCCAGCCAUGGCUAUCCACCCUAAAGACGUGACACACAUCCAGGAGACACAGCUGGCUUGAACACCUCAAGGGUGACUGGGUGGAGUUCUCCUGGAAGGGGAUGCGGUGCAAGUACAAGCAGGAGAUAGCCAGGGAGAAUCCCCAGCAGGUCGGAUUUCAUCCUCACCACUGUCCGGGAGAGAAAAGGCAAGAUCCAAUGUUAGUGCUACGGCAGACCUAGCCCACAAAGCCAAUGGACAGCUAUCAACGGGGACAGAACACUGUAAAGAUCUGGAGAGAUUUAGGCCCACCAGAGGAAUCCGGAAAGGAUGAAAGGGACGCACAGAAAGGAAGAAAGAAGAUCGUCCAUGCUUGACUGUCAGGCUAAAAGCUUUCUAAACCCAAUGCAAGAAAUUCCAUGGGCUGCACGCAACAAAUAAACCCUCGCUAAAUCCACAAAUGGCAAUCCCGAGCCCACCUGACCAUUCAAGAAUCUCAUCUGGAGCUGCUUACCUGAGCGCGAUGGGCUUCCUCUGUGGCCCCUGGUCUGGCUCAGCUUCUGCCUUGCGACCGGAGAGUCUGUGUGGCUGCUCCCGAGUACUUCUGCUAACGUUAGCCCUGUGAAAAAGGCAGGAGCAUGCAGGAACGCCUGUUGCUCGUACUGGCACCCCGUGGUUCCCCGGGUGUGACAGGACACUGCAGGGCAUAGGAACAGAGACUGCCGAGCCAUCCCGAUGUGCUGCUCCUCAGGCUGCCAUGCAACUUACUUGUUUAAUUGCUUUCUGAGGCAUCUUUGGGUUUCCUGGUACAGCAGGAAACGUUUAUGGGAGCUUUUCAGCUCUGCCUGCGCACAUGCCAGUUGCAGCGCGGUGUCCUCCUGCAGGCUUCGUGCUCUCUCCAGUUCUGAGGCCAGAGCUCUAAUCGUCUGCUCCAGCUCUUCCCUCCAAGAGGUGACAGUGGCCUUGAUCUCGUCUAUUCUGGCGUCAGCGGCUGCCUGUGUCUGAAGCAGAAGACGCAGCUCCAAGAAACAGGAAGAAAAAGACAAUGUCCCCACUCCCAACAAACCUGCUCUGCCCGCCCUUUUCCUAUGAAAGCUGCUAUUAAACAGCCCACAACAGUCGACGAACGAGGAUGAGGAAAAGACCGCAUGUUUUCCUGCACCCGGGUCCCACGGCACACGACACACACACACUUUGACGCAGCCUUUUGCGGCUCCCCGGCUUCCCUGCAGGAAAGCCAAACCCCCAGCACUAGCAAAGAGAGCCGGAUGCCCAGGGCAAACCACCUAACAGCCACGACCACAACCCCCAGUGAACCCAACGGCAGCUACAGCUACAAACGGCACCUAAACUGACCUGCCAAAGGAGAUUGGGAUCUGGCUUCUCUCUCGUCUCUUCCGGCGCUCGCUGCUCUCCCUGUUUUCCAGGAAGCGCCGUCGUGGUACAACCCAGCCCAGAAGCCGCCAAGAGAUCUGACAGAACAGCCACUGAGCGUCCCAGCUCCUGAUUCAGAGCUUCGAGGUGCAGAGAUUUUUGGGACUCCAGCUCCAGCCGCACAUCAAGGUCACACCCCUGUAUGCGGGGAAAAACAAACCUGCCUUGAGCAGAGGGGGCCCAAAUCUCUGCAAAACUCGAUCAAACGGAUGCCUCCAGGUCAUAGUUGUAAAUCCAGAGAGUUUAGAUUUCCCGCCGGGGAAAAGGCGCUUGGCUUUCUGAAAGUAAGCGUCCGCCUUUCAAGCCCUUGCCGACAAGAGCGCUCCAGCUUCCAUCCGCCCCUCCUUUCCAAAAGGGCACCAUGGCAAAGGCACUCCACUCCUCCUACAGCACCCCAGCGCGGCCGUGCCUCUGGAGAUGCUCUUUGGCAUUUCCUCGCAGUCGUGGCCCUUCCUUUUGCUUCCAUGGCACUCCUGUUCCGCCCCGUUCCUUCUCCUACGCACACCCUUGUGCUAAGGCCUGGGGCGGGCAGUGCCGGGGAAGAGACAAGAGCUCCAAGGCUUCCCUGAGAGGGAGAGGGAAGCCUGGCUUACGAGACACAGGCAAAGAGAGCGGUCCUUUCCUUCCCUCAAAACACCGCUGCCAGGGAACUCGACACCCUCUUGGUGCAGAGACCGACCAAAGGAAAACCUUGCAGAGAAAGCAACCGAGCCCAAAGACAUUUGGGAGAGCGUGGCUUGCGAUAUCACCUCAGAGCCACAACUUUUGGCUGGUGUCAGAACAGAACUGAGUCUCCAGAGAGCACAGCUGCUUCGUUCUUCCCCGCACAGGUGCUGCCCCCAAGCCACUGCUUUGCCCCUCAGCCUCGAAACGAGCUCCCUGAAGGUCCGGCUGGCUUCUUCAAGGCCAGAGGGGAGGUGGCAGGGAGGAGAAAGGAGCGAAAUGCACCUUCUAGUCUGGUGCUCGUAACGUCCUCAGACAAAUCUCUCCCGUACUUGUUGCUAGAAUAUAGUGUUCUCUUGCAGUCACUGAAGGAGAAGAACAGCUUCAAAUACGCAAACGUGUUUGUGUACCUUGGCCUUAGCCUUGUCCAAGUCCUCUUGCAGGUGGGAGUUUUCUUCCCUCAGGUGAUUGAGCUGGUGCGUAGAAGCUUUCAGUGAGGUUUCUGCUGCCCACUGCUUCCUGAAGGACUCCUCGAGCUCUGCUUGCAGCCGUCUCUCUGUUCUCUAGGGAGACAAUGUCACAGAAGUACAAAGAAGAAGGUGGUAAGAAGCCGAAAUCUGUAUUCCGAGACCAGUUUUCUAAGCACGUCCCAAAGCAAAGAAAUCCCCUCUACUGGAAGAAGAGGGCAUCUGCACAGCUGGUGGUCUCUAGCCAGCCUUGGCGAGUGAACACAGCUCAGGAAAUGUCACCUCUCGAUCAAGAUUUCUGUUUGCCAGCACAUUCUUCUCGGAAGAUGCCGAGACUGUGCCUCUGUGGGGUUUUGCUUCUUUCUUCAGGUCAUGCUAACGUCUCACUGGAUGCCAAGGCAAGGGCUGUCGCUGGACCGCGGCCCCUUCUCCGGUGACCAGAGGCAAGGCUUCCUAGAGCAAACCUCCCCAUAUGCCAGAACCUUCCGCAGUUGCAACCAACGCAGCACAAACCAGCGAUGGAAUACCUCGCAGGUACCUUCUACCUGCUGGCUCUCAGAAGCCCCAGAUCGCCGUGGGACCUGCUCUCCCCUAAGUCACUCCUGGCCAGUGCUCACCUCACCUCUGUUCUGACUCUGUCGGCCUCGCAUGGAAAGGCACCACUCACCAUUCGCUCUUGGGCGGCCUUGAUCUGCACCUCUCCCAGCUGCUGAUGGAGUGAAAGGUUUUCACUUUGGAGCUGGGCCAGUUGUUGCUGCAGCCCUUCUGCCUUCUGGAUGGCAUUUUCUCUCGCUGCCUCCUCCUUAAGGUACAGGUCAUGCCACUUGCUUGCCUGCCUCUGGGCCUGACGAAAUUCUCUUUCUCUCCUCUCUAAAGCCAGCGUCUUCUCCCAGAGCGCUGUUUUCAUUUGCUCCAGUUCCUUCUCCAGCCCACCAGCUUUCCCUUCUGCUUCGCUCAGCUGCCGAGACAAGCUCUUGUUGGUCUUCAGCAGCUGAGACACGUCCUUCUGCACAGAACACAAAUUGACAGCCCUUAGGAAAUCAGCUCAAAACAGGGGGUCUCGGCAGCAUUUCCUGCCACCCGAAGAGGACUGUCACCAGCGUGACGUUCAGAUUCAAAAAGGUAUUUUAACCGCUCUGCGUUAGACAUUACUCGUGGAAAAGACUUCUUUUGCAUUAGUGUGUCUCAUGUAAUCCCGAAAGGAGGACUCUAAUGGCAAAUCUGUGUUUUUACAUACAUCCCGCCCAAAGCCUUUGCUCUUCCCUUCAGCUUCUUCACCUCCUGGCAGCUGGCAGACAGCAGGCGCCGUGCGUAUGGCAGGCUCACCUAGAUGAAAACCACAUAUUGUUGGAAGCAGAGUGAGCUGAGGCAAGUCCUUGAUGCCUAGAGUGCUUUCCGACUCAUCGUGCUCCCGGAGACAGUCUUGGGACAGACACACGCCCCAAACCCAGGAGAUGCCAGCGAGGGACCUGUCAAAUGGCAGGUUGGAAACGCAGCUCCCUUCCCGCGGGGGAACUCGCUCCCUCGAGCACAGCCGCCUUUUCCGUGUGCCAGGGAGAUCGCUCCAAGUGAUCAGAAAGGAGCCCAAGAGGAACGAGCGUCUCGAGAACUCUGCUAUGCCGGGCCGUUGCCUGGCCGUGCGCUUUUUCACUGGCUGGCUCAGAAGCCACAAGCCCCUCCUGGGCUCCACACAGCCCGUCCCCACGGCAAGCCUGUCACAAAAGGGCGGGCGACAGGCCUUUUCCCCAUCGCCUCCUCCACCCCCGAGAGUCCCACCUGCUCUCCGCAGAGCGGGUGCGCGCCGCCUCAGCGCAGCAGCUUGGGCCCCGUGGGGAGCGCUGGGCGCUGACACGCCCUUUGCACGGCCCACGGCAGCUUCUCCCUCGUCCUCCUGCUCCCUGGGCUGCGCAGGCCGUGCACGGGGACUGCGCCUGGAAAGACAAAGAGCGCAGCCAGUUGUAGGCACUGCUCAGCGCAACACCAACGGCCGGGGCUUGUCCGCGCUUCCCAGAGUGACCCCCCCUUGGGAACGAAGAGCCCCAGGCACAAAGCUGAGCCCGAGCGCAGGAAAGCAGCCCCGCAGUUUGCCCGCCAGCAGCCGCCUGCCUGCGCCCCCGUUACCUGUCGGCCUCGUCCCGGCAGUCGGUGCCUUUCACCGGCGCCUUCCCCAGCGGCUGCACUGGGGCCAAGUCGCCCAUGGUGGCUGCCUGGGGCAGCUCGUCCCGACCCUCCGGCUGGAGCUCAUGGCUGUCGCUGCUCCCGGAGGACACGGGACCCUCCUGCACCCUCUUGCUCCUGCUCCUGCUCCUCCUCCAGCUCCGCAGGAACCGCCAGAUCCUCCCCAUGGCCCGGCGGGAAUGGGCACUGCACCACCUCUCCUCGCCUCUCCCCGGGGAGCGGUGCCAGGCAGGACUUGGCGGGCGCUGCCGGGUGCCGGCUGCCAACAGAGGAGCCGAGCCCCGAGGAGCGGCAGCUCACGGGCAGCUGCCUCGGGGCUGAGCCAGCGCCCGCAGCACUGGCACCAGCUGUACCACCAGCACCGCUGGCACCAGCUGUACCACCAGCACCAGCGGCACCAGCUGUACCACCAGCACCAGCGGCACCAGCUGUACCACCAGCACCGCUGGCACCAGCUGUACCACCAGCACCGCUGGCACCAGCACCAGUGGCAGCUCCGGCACCAGCGCCACCAGUACCAACAGCACGUCCAGUACCAGCCCGCAGCACAGCACAAGCAGCACAGCACCAGCACAGCACCAGCACACAGCCAGCACCGCCAGGCACUGUGUGGUCAGGUCACCGCCGGUAACCAAGGUCUAGGGAACGAAUGUGCUGACGUCAUGAAAGGCUCAGUGACAUCAGAUGGCGCUGGGGGCUGGGCGGGGCCGGGGCAGAGGCUGGCCGGGCAGAGGGGCCUGUGUGCUCAGAACCUCUCUGCACACACACAGGCCCCGUGGCCGAGGGAAACAGCCCCUGGCGCGCUGUGUCCGGGGGCACAGGGUUGCCCAAGGCCACCUCUCCGAGGCUCCCACCUCCCUGCACGCUCUGCGGACCCCCCGGCCUCCUCCCCUCUCCCAGCACCUCCGCAGCGCUCGCCCGCGGGGCAGACGGACGGGCUGGGCAGAGCGGGCUCCCUGGAAGCCAGCAGGGCUCCCUGGAAGCACAAGAGGUGGCGGCUGGACCCCCCAGGUCCCUCUUUGUGCUUCCUGGGCUCUUGGCAUGAGUUUGGGGGCACCCUGGACCCCUGGCAGUGCCCUUCUCUGCAGCCCUGGGUGUCAGGGGCCACAGCGUGACUUUUGCACUCACCCUGAUGCACGUCAGCACCUUCUCCUCAGCUGCCACUCGCCAGAUCCCACGAAAACCUCCAACUGGGCACUGGAGAUUUCGCACUCGCCCUCUGCCCUGCAGCAUGUCUGCCCAGGGGAAGGAGGAGGCACGCCUGGAAGCCAGGCCCUGAACCCUGCUGAGGCUCAGCCCUGCCGCGGUCCCCGGGAGAGCCCCCACGGCACGGAACCGUCUUGGAGGGAGCAGGCUGGGGUUUCCCCGGCGGGGCCGGCCCCCGGGGACGGAGGGCAGCAGCCUGGCCCUGAAAAUAAAGGCUUUGCUUCUGGGAAGCCGUGGCAGGUGCAGCCGCCCGAUGAAAA